AUGGCAGAUGACGAAAAGGGAAAUGCAUCGACGGAAGAUGAUGACAAGCCGAAAAAGAGGGAACAAAGGGAUCAGGGGCAACAGUCAAAGCUGAAGAAAAUAAAGUAUUACAUUGAGCCGGAUAAAGUGGACAUUGGAAUACAGGCGGGUGAUUCGUUGGAGAAGGUCAAAGUGACCUACGUGGAGCCAGAUGACGAAGAAUCCUCGCAUGGCUUCUUUUGGGGAAAGAAGAGAUCGGAAACAUCAUUACCGCGUCGAUCGUGGGAGACGGAUGACUAUAUAGAUUUCGAUGAUCUCCUGCCGAUGAUUGGCCAGUUUGGUCGUUUCCAGAUUAGGCUGUUUCUGUUCAUGAUACCCUUCUGCUUCAUCACCGCCUUCGUGUAUCUGGGCCAGAUAUUCAUGUGCCUGACCCCAACGAAGUACUACUGUUAUGUGCCGGAACUUUUACAUACGCCCGUGGAGCUGCGCAAGGACUUGUCCAUUCCAAAAGAGAAGGAUGGAUCUUACAGUCGCUGCCGGAUGUACAAUACCAAUUACACGAAGAUCCACUUUGCGGAGAAUCCGAGAGCCUAUAUCAACACUUCACUGCCCACGAUUCCCUGCAAGAAAGGCUAUGUUUUCGAGCACGAGGGCAGAGCAUUCGAAUCGGCCACCAUGGAGUUUGGCUGGCUGUGCGAUGACGACAAGUACGCCACCUAUGCCCAGAUCAUUUUCUUCCUGGGUUCCAUUUUGGGCGGACUUGGUUAUGGCCACUUUGCGGAUCACUGUGGCCGUGUGGCGGCGGUGGUCAGUAGCUGCUUCCUUGCUCUGUUGGGAAGCCUGGCCACCUCGAUGUCCACGGACUUCUUCAGCUUUGCAAUAUCGAGAUUUUUAGUUGGUGCCUCCUACGAUACCUGCUUUACGAUGGUAUACAUUUUGGUGCUCGAGUAUGUGGGUCCCAAGUACCGAACACUGGUGGCCAAUCUAUCCCUGGCCCUGUUCUACUCCCCCUUCACGAUGGUGAUGCCGUGGAUAGCGCUUUCAGCCGGAAAUUGGAGGAGAUUUUCCUCAUUUGCAUCCUUGCCCAUUGUGCUCGCCAUGUUUUCCUUUUGUCUGCUACCGGAAUCUGCACGAUGGCUGGUAUCGGUGGGUGAGAUCGACAAGGCCAUGGAGAUAUUGAAGAAUGUGAUUGAGGUAAACAAGAAGCAUGUGUCCAAGGAAAUACUUGAUCUCUUCGAGGCGAGCUGCACCCAGUUCUACAAGGAGGAGCUCGACGGACGCGAUUUUACAGUGCUUUCAAUAUUCAAGAGGAAGCGGAUGGCCCGUUAUAUGAUCCUGAUGAUUUUCAUCUGGAUGUCCAUCUCUUUGGUUUACGAUGGACAUGUUCGUGCGGCCAGUGUCCUGGACAGUGAGAAUAUCUUUCUGUUCUUUACCAUCGCCUGUGCCACUGAGUUGCCGGGUAAUAUCCUGGUGAUCCUUACUCUGGAUCGCGCUGGACGUCGAUGGUGCUCUUUUUUUUACACUUCGUUGAGUGGAGUGUUUAGCCUAUUAGGGGCCAGCUUUCAGAAUCGCGCAAAUAUGAGGAUGUCAGCGUUAGCUGGAAGAUUCUUUUCCAACAUCUGCUAUAAUAUAGGACUGCAGUGGGCCGCUGAGAUACUGCCCACGGUGGUGAGGGCUCAGGGAGUAGCCUUCAUCCACACGAUGGGCUUUGUGGCGAUGUUGAUGUCCCCGCCAGUGGUCUAUCUUUCCAAAAAGUCCCUUUCCAGCACGCUGAUCGUUUUGGGAGCCCUGGGUAUCUUCGGUGGACUGCUGGCCCUGUUUCUACCGGAAACGCUGAACCACGAACUCCCGGAAACGCUCAGUGAUGGCGCCCAAUUUGGGAAGAAUCAAAGGAUUUGGCACAUGCCCUGCUGUGGCCCAGGAUCAAGAAAAUCCCAUCCCAGGCACAACUGGCACCAGGGCUCGAGCUUAAGGACCCUAUCGAAGGACGAGUUCCGCUCCAGCAAAAUGCAUCGCAAGACGAAAUAUAGGUUUGAGUCCCACCCGAGUCCAUCAUCGAGUGAUUACAAGGGCACCGAGGAGAAGGAAAUCCGAACGUAUAAAUAUGGAAACGGCUCAAAGUGUCCAGAAGAUAAGAGCUGAGGUUAUCUUUAAGUUACC